GUCGGCAUUGACGAGGAAAGGGAGAGAAAGGACAAAGUUUUCGUUUUCGUGGCAUACGCAACCUUAUUGUUUUACAAUACCAGUUAUGUUUUAGGAUUAAACUGUCUAAUAUGUGAAGUUUUUUACUAAUCGGAAACGACAUGGAUCCAUCAGCGCAGGAGUUACUUUGGUGCACCUCCCACCCAGAUGAACAGACCUGAGCUGGGAGAAUUCCUGCUGCGUCAGUGGGGGAUGGGAUAGCAAGCUGCUUGCUGCCUGUGCUGACUGACACAUUUGCAAAAGAAAGACGCUGAUGAAGAGGUAAUGAAGUUUAUCAUCCCACUGAAGAAGGUCUUUCCAUGUCUGAACUGAGAAUAGUGCUGGUUGGGAAAACAGGUGUUGGGAAGAGUGCGUCUGGUAACACCAUCUUGGGCAGAGAGGCGUUUCGGUCAGUGGCCAGCUUUGCAUCUGUGACCAAGGAGUGUGUAAAAUGCCAAGGAGAAUUUGAGGGGAGACAUCUUUGGGUAGUGGACACACCUGGCUUGUUAGACACGUCGCUGCCUGCUGAAGAGCUCAGAUCUGAGAUAGCAAAGUGCAUUUCCUUAUCUUCCCCCGGCCCACAUGUUUUCCUGCUGGUUAUGCAAAUUGGACGUUACACAGAGGAAGAGAAAAAGACUGUGAUGCUCUUCCAAGAGUUCUUUACUGAAAGUACAUCUAAGUAUGUGAUGCUGCUAUUCACACGUGGGGAAGAUCUAGAUGGCAGAUUGAUUGAGGACUUUUUUGAAGAAGCUGGUGAGGACCUCCAAAGACUUGUGAAGUUAUGUGGUGGCAGGUAUCACAUCUUCAAUAACAAGAAUAAAGAGGAUAGAAGACAAGUGGGAGAGUUGCUAAAGAAAAUAGAGGCAAUGGUGGAAACAAAUAAUGGGAGCUGUUACACCAAUGAGGUGUAUGAAAAGGCUGAAGAGGAGAUACGACAGGAGGAAGACAGGUUAGCAAAGGAGGAAGAAGAAUUAAGGCUGGUGGAAAUGAAAAGUCUGAACAACAUGAAGGCAGCAAAGAGAAAAAGACAGCUGGAGGAAGAGCCUUGCUUAGAAUGUGUUCGGCCUGCGUUUUUCCUGCAUCACAAGAGUCAAAUCACACAGAAAGGGCUAAAACUGAGAAGAAAUCUGGGGAGGCUUUCCAGGCCUUUCAGCAGAAGACUUAGGGCAAAAGCUGAAGUUUCAGGCCACGUCCUUGAGAAAGUUAAAAUUCUUGUUGCGGCUGGUGCCACUGGUGCAGCAGUGGGGGCGUUGUUUGGAGUGGCAACCCCACUGGCUUUUGCGGGAGGAGCUACCAUUGCUGGCAAAGCAGCAUUGGCCAUUUCUGGGACUUCUGCCACUGCUGUAGCUGUGGCUGGAAAAAUGGUUGGAGCCGUGAUCUCUGCCGCAACAUGCAAGACGGCAGUGGCAUUAGGAGCUGCAACAGGGGUUGUCCUUGGUGGGGCAGUGGGCACUGUGGCAAGUACCGAAGCAGUAAAACCAGCAAAGGGAGCAAUGGAAGCUGCAGAGUCCGUUUUGGUCAUGGGUGCAGCCACGGUAGGUGUAGCAGCCAGUUUGGGGGCAGCCACAGGAGCAGGUGGAGUGGUAGCAAAUGCUGUUAGAGUGGCUGCAGCAGCAGAAAAUACGCUUGGAGUCGCAACUGGCAUGGAGACUGCAGGGAGUCUGGGAACAGCUGGAAUGAACACAGUGCUGGGCAGUUCCUUUGCACAAGGAUCAAUUGUAUCAGGAAAGGCCAUGGCCACAGAUACUGCAGUCAAAGUCCUCACAGCCCUGACAGACUUGGGCAAAGCAGUGGCAAGUAUUGCAGUAGCCGGAGGCCUGGCAUUCAGAGUCGUGAAAGAAAGAGUGCAGUCAAGAUCCAUGGAAGAGAAUGGUGAUGUGGCAUUUACAGAAAAAAGGUCAUUUGAAAUUCACUUGAAUAGAUAGUAUAAUGAUAACAGUAAAAUGGACAACACCAAAGUUUAAAGUUUUUGUUGGGAUUCUUUGCUGUAUUCUCUAGUAUUUGACAGUUGUUAAUAACUCAUAUUUAGUUCAUGAUUUGUCUUAAAUUGCCAUGUCAUCUUUAAGCUGUUCUGAACUUGUGGUAGCAGAGUGAUUGCUCACAUGGAUACACACUUCAGAUUGACUUUUUAGUUGCUCUUGGCAAGAGUCGCAAGAAACCAAGCUGCCCACCUGCUGAUGAUGAGAGGGUAUGGAGUUUUAGUACGGAUUUCUACAUACAAUAGUGAACUACAGAACGAGAGUGGAGGACCCCAGGAGCACCCAUGGCGCACUUACUAUACCCAUUUUGCACUUGUUAUCGCACUUAAAGCAAGAGUGCUGCCAGACUGUUAUGCCAAUGUAGUCUUCCAUGUUUGUGAUUUGAAUUUUUACCUAUUGAGCUCCGAUUGCCAUUAGUGGUUUGUUACAAACACGAAACAUCUUUGUAAGUCAAGGUGUUUGUCUGUUUGUCUAAUUAUAGCACUAGAUGACAUAAGCCAUUAAAACAGUGAGUUUCACUAUGUUAAUGGUAUUUAAAAAAUAAAUGUUUGCAGUUCAUGUAUUGUAAAGAGUAA